GCCAUGGAAACAACUCGCGAAUAUGUUGGUAACACCGCCAGCCAGCUGACCAUCGCCGCCUUCGUGGGCAGCUUGUCCAUCUCCUGGCGCAUAUGGCGCGCCGGGAGCUCGUCUGGCGUCAGGUUCUUGCCUCUCAUUUCGAUCAUCAUCUGCACGCUCAUCUGGCUGCGCUACAGCUGGAUCACCGGUGACACCAGAGUGACGCUCGCCAGUGCCUGCGGCCUGAUCUUGAUGACCGUCAACGCGACGGUGCACCGCGCCUUCGCUCCACACCCUGGUCCCGUGAUGCCACUGGUGGCGGCGCUUCUGCUGACGUACAUGGCGUGCACCAUUAUGCGUGCGAAGGAGCUGGGUCAGCUGGCGUUCAUUUUGUCCGUGGCUUACCACCUGGCUCCGAUUGCCACCAUGCCGAUCCUCACGCGGACGGAGAUCUGCCUGGGGAAAAUCACCAUUUUCGGACUUUGGACGCUGUACGCGGGGCUUGCCGGGGAUCAGCCACUGUACGCGAGCUGCUUGAUCGGCUUCGUCUCCGGCAUCGCCGAAGUCGCUUUCACUUCCCAAAUGCUGCUGCCCCACUCUUUUCGCCGGGAAGGGCAGUAGAAGAUAUAACCCCUCGUGCCCAUCAUGCCUGCACAUGUGGCCCUUGCUUCUACUCUCUGUUCCGCGUUUUCGCCAAGAGCUGCCUGCUUAUGUACCGUAUAUGUCAUGACCUCCUGUGUACAGUUCAGUGCACGUACGCAACUUUUUAACACUUCUAGACGACCAGUAUGUAUCCGUGACCAUAUUUUUAGUGCAACUAAAUAUCUUCGUACGUUUUAAA